AGAAAACUUGUCUUCCCGGCGUGCAUCGCGGUUCGUUUACCUCGGCCAUUUUGCAUGAAUUCGCGGGAAGAGCAGUAAAAUUGGUCAGAUUUCUAAUCCAAAGGCAUCCUCCGAUUGGAGUGGCCUAUCUGACCAUGGAGAGUUCGUACGGCAUCGGCGUUAAGAACAGGUAUGAACUCUUCUACGAUGAUGAGGAAGACCCGACAGAACUGCUGCGGCAACAAGAAGAAGAAAAGGAGAGGCGGAAGGCCGAGAAAACCACGGCGAAGGACAAGAGCAAAGGCCCCGCACCCGUGAAGGGCGUCAAAGCGGCCGUCAACGCGGCUGGCAAGAAACAAAUCAAGGAAGCACCGGUUAGCAAGAGCCAGGAGAGAACCAUCGCACCUAGGGACGACAACAAACUGCAGAGGACGACGAGGCCAGCUGAUCGAGCAGUGAAGUUUGCCCCACCCAGUGGCGGCGCUGGUGGUCGAGAGAAUCAACAAGACUUUGAGGAGCGCAAAAACAGGCGAAAUCGAGAGGAGCGUGUCUCCACUGGUGGCACUGAGACAAGAUUCGAUUUUGGAAGCAGGGACCGUGGUGAUGGUGAAGUCAGAAGAGGUGGUCGUGGAGGUGGCCUUGGUGGCCGUGGGGGAUAUCCUCGCCGUGGCCGCGGAGGCUUUGCUCCCGAGGGAGGCCGGGGUGGUGGCUUUGGUGGUCGGGGAGGAGGUUAUGACGGGCGUGGCAAGAGGGAGUUUGAGCGCCAGAGCGGCAGCGACCGCAGUGGAGUGAAGCCUGUCGACAAGAAGGGUGGCGAAGGGUCCUACAACUGGGGAACGGUCAACGACGACUUGGAAGUCCAGCUGAGUCCUUUUGGCGACGAGAGCACGACUGAAGCGGCAGAAAAAAGUGGUGACGAGACAGCGGCUGGCGAGAAUACUGCGGACACCAGCAAGGACAGUGGUGUGGUGGGCGAGGAGGGUGCAGCUGGUGAGAAUGCCGCCGAGGACGCCAAGGAGAUGACCCUGGACGAGUACAAACGGGAGCAGGAGCAGAAGCGGUCUCGCGCCAGCUUUAACAUCCGCAAGCCAGGUGAGGGUGGUGAGGAAAAGGCCGAGUGGAAGAAGAUGUAUGUCCUCAAGAAGAAGAUCUCUGACGAGGACGGUGAAGAAGAGGAAGAGGAGGAAAGUGAGGACGAAGAUGAGUACAUGCGUCGCGGUCGGCAGCGCCAGGUAGUCGACAUUGAGAUCAAUUUUGCCGAUCAACGGCGGGGCCGUGGGGGUCGCGGAGGCCGGGGCAUGGGUCGUGGAGGCCCGGGCCGAGGCAGCUUCGGCGGGGGACCUCGUGGACCACCCCGUGAAGGAGGCGAGCGGCCACCACGAGGCGGAUAUCGUGGCGGUGGUGCCGGUGCUGGGGGCGAACCACCCAAGCAGUCUGCACCCAAGGUGGACGACUGGAACGACUUCCCUUCGCUCGUGGCCGCCUGAGCUGGCAUCUUGUGCGCCACUUGCUUCACGAGCAAUUGCCUGGAGGUUGUUUUGUGUGUGGCUACACUAUGGACUUCCCCCUCCUUUGCCUUGUUUUUCAUGCGUGUGUGCUGUGAGAGCCCUGCUAUCCCAACUUGGGAGGAAGUUGCCAUGCCCGCUCUUCUCCUUGAAGGACUAUGGACAUGUGUGCGUGGCGGCAGCAAGAACGUCCGAGGUGCCACUUCUCCCUCAUAUGAUCAUGCCUGUCUGCCUUGCUGCUUUUCAAAAAGUUGAUCUUGUUUCCAUUUUGUAAUUGUGAAGUGGCUUGUUCGUGUGUGAAGACCCUUGUCAAAACUCAAGGCCCAUGGCUGCUGUGAAACAGUUCUUAGGUUGUCCUCUCCUUGAAUGGGCUUUUUUUUUUCUGCUGAUGGGUUGAGUGGUUGCCUAUGGCCAAGACAAGUGUAGUACAAAUUCUAUAUUUUUUUUCCCUAAAGGCAAGUUCCACCCAGCACUUCGUUCAUAAUGGGAUAUUUUUCUUCGUCCACUGAAGAUGUGAUGGUUUCAAAAUUUCUCUUGGUCACCCGAUUUUGAAUGUCAGAUAAUCAUUAUUUUUCUUUGUUGGCUUGUGGAUCUUAGCCGCAGUGUGAUGUUAAUCUCUAAGGCGUUGAUUGUUGAAACAAAAUUGUGCUUAGUAGUAGCACAUUGAAUGCCUUUGGUUAGUGUGCUGUUCAGGCAUGCUGUCAUGCCACUUCAGUGUUGAUCUUAUUGUGGGUAUCGCCUAACAACUCCACAGAAGUGCUGGUCGUGUGGUAUGUAUGGUAAUGUUGUAGGCCGUCGUUGCUGGCCAACAGCAGUACUUCUCGAGGUGUUCAUGGUGUUUGGAGCUUGUCCGUCCCACAAAAUUCUGCGCUGUCUUGAUUUCUGCAGUAAGCAAAGUAGCCCACACUUCAGCUCCCGACAAUGGUUCCGGUCGGCAAGCUGUACUGCAGCAGCGGGGUGUCUUUUGCAGAGCAAUCCUCCAGGCUUGCAUUAGUGGUGCGUGAACCUCACUUCUCCACUACUGUUAAAUGAUGUGACACGAACACGUAGACCUUCAGUUUCACUGUUGUGUGCUCGCAAAUGGCUGGUGAUGAAUCACAUUGUUUAUUUUUUUUGCCCCUCAACCUCGAAAUUUCGGUUUACAAUUUACAAUGGAAAGGUGGAAGAAGUCGCACGACAUGUGUGCAUGUGUUGUUGGUGUAGCAAGACCUCUUUAUUUUUGCACCUGUACAACCUAUUUCACAAGCUCGAAGUGUAAUUUUAUGCACAUGCCUAGUAAUGAAGAUGGGAGUGCUGAGGUCGCAGACACUUGUGCAUCAUUUGUAGAGGCUUCGUAAAAUUGCCACAAAAUAGCGUUGGACUGCUUUGAGAGAAGUGGUUAAUGUAAGCAUACAAAGUCUACAUAUACACACGAGAAGCUGUAUGUAUGGUGUGAAAAAUAGAAGUGCAAGGCAGGAAACAAGAAGGCAUGGUGUGUGUGUGUGUGUGUCUCUGGUUGCCAUGUAGCCUUGUAUUUUUUCUGGGGCACUUGAGGGGGCUUUUUUUUUCUGUACCCUACAGGGUUGCAACUGAUGGGGAAUCAUGUCGUUGAAUAAACGUCAUAGACAGUUACA